ACGUCAUGAGUUUGCGUGUGAAAUUUUGAAGUGACAUGCGAAGUGUUUGUAUUUACGUAAUGGGGAUGUAUGAAUCAUUCUCAGCUUUGAAAAGGAGUAAUCAUUAAUUAUAUGGCCGUGGCGUUUUAUCUGUGAUUGUGAUAUGUAUUAAAUAUUUCAGUUACGUGUUUUAAGUUUUAUAAGAUGUGCUGAAAGUUGUUGUUACUGCAGACCAGGUUUAAUUUGAGGUAAAAUGAUCAAUGAAAAAUCGAGGGAGGCCGCUAUUGGAGAUGACCUGGAAAACUGGAUGUCACUUCUUCCAGAAACAUUACAACAUAUGCCACUAAUAUAUUUGGCUAUUCCAGGUUCUCAUGACUCUGCUAGCUACAGCAUCACACCUUCAUCAAGCCUGUCUCCUGAUGCUUUACCUUUCGUGCGCCGAUUGGCAAAGGUGUUUGGUCCACUUGUGAAACACUUUGUGUUCAAUUGGUCAGUGACUCAGCAUGCCUCCAUUAAAGAGCAGUUGUACGGUGGUGUCAGGUACUUAGAUCUUCGCUUAGGAACAAAAACUGGGAACAAGAAUAUUUACUUUGUUCAUGGACAGUAUGGGAUGGAAGUUGGAAAGAUUCUUCAAGAAGUUGAUGCAUUCUUGGCAGACCAUGAAGGAGAAAUUAUUGUCUUGGAUUUCCAGCAUUUUUAUUCAUUUACUAAAGAAAGUCAUACAUAUUUGAUGACUAUAAUAGACAGUCAUUUUGGUAACAGAAUGUGUCCCGUUUCACGUACACUCACGCACGUUACUCUAAGUUGGAUGAAGGAGAAAGGCUAUCAGGGGCCGAUGACAAUGAAGUUUGGUCUGGUUCUGCUGCACAUCGUGCUUGUUGGUACACAAAUCUGGGCUUCGUCUUUCUACAAAGAAGAUUUAGAGGACAACGAGUUUGCUGAGUUUGAAGAUUUUGAAGAUGAAGAAAGAGAUUAUCAACAAGUGCAGGCGCAAAAUGGAAGGAAAACUGAAAAAGUUCAAGAGGUAAAUGAAGAGCAGGAUGGGGAAGAAGAUGAUGCCAUUGUUGAGGAUGAUGAAAGCGAGUUUGACCACUUCCAAGAUGAAGAGGAGUUUGAAGGUUUUGACGGUGAACGUGUCGGCAGCAGUGUCAGGAUGGAUGAGAGGGGAGCACCAGAAAUUACCAUAACCAAGGUUCCAUUGCAUUUUCGCACCGACUGGGACAGCUUCUAUCUGGAGAUACUGAUGGUUGCAGGACUGGUGGUUUAUGCAUUGAACUUCUUCGCAGGGAAAAGCAAGAACAGGAAAGUGGCAAAUGCUUGGUUUACGUCACACAGAAGUCUGCUAGAGGAAAACUUCAGUCUCAUAGGUGAUGAUGGGACAAAAGACAACGAGAAUCCCGGCCUUUCGAAAGACUCCGAAAGCGUUUAUACUCUUUGGUGCAGUGGCCGGACGUGUUGCGAAGGGAUGCUUGUUGAACUCAAGUUGCUCAAGAGACAAGAUUUGGUAUCUGUGAUGGCGCAGUUCAUUAGACCAAGCAGUGACCAGGUGCACAUCAAAGUGGACAUGAACAAGGAAGAUAUGGAUAGUUUUGUUUUCUGUUUGGCCACAAAGAGGUCUGCUUUGCGUCUAUCAAAAGACAUGGCUGAUUUAAGUAUCUACUGUCCAGAGCGAAGGUCUGUUGAGAAGUAUGGGUUGCCUUCCAACUUCAGUCUCUUAUGUGAGAUUGUCGAGGUAGCAGCCUCGUUGUUGGACUCGCGCAUUGUUACAAUCAUUAACAAGUAUGCUGACAUCAUUGAAUACAUCCAUUUCUCUGAUCAGUUUUCAGGACCAAAGCAAUCUGAGGAUUUUAAUGUCACCAAGCUGCCAGACACGAAGAAAGUGCUGAUAUUUGCGUUCAAUAUUCCUGUGAAAGGAAAAGCAAUACAUGAAGCUGUGAUACAGAUGCGACCGCUGCUGCAGUUCGUCUUUUAUUGCAUGGAUAAGGUUAAGAGAUUUAAACUAAGUAAAGAGGCAAAGAAUAAGGCUGAGAAAAACAGGUUGCGUGUCGAGGAGGCGUUCCUGAAGACGACUCAUUUUGUUCGUGCAGAAGCAGCAGCGGCCCGCAGGGAGGAGAAAAAGAGGCAGGAGAAAGAGAGGAUUCUUUUGGAGGAUGAUCCUGACAAACAGAAAAAGUGGGAGGAUCGUGAAAUGAAGCGCCAAAUGAAGAAAAAAGCUCCAAAGAUGAAGCAACUUAAAGUUAAAGCAUUAUAAACACAGUUUAGGCAAUUAAAUAUGAGUAGUUGCUGUCAUGUUUUAUUAUCGUGUUUAUCGAAUCUGUUUGUCAUGGGAGUAGUUUUAUUUAUUCAUAGUAUAACACAUUAGUAUAUAGUGAGUGACAUUUUGUAAACUGUGUAAUUUUCUUUCUUUAUUGUUUAAAAUGUCUAUUUUAUUGUAAAAAUAGCGUCAUGCAGUGAUGGUGCAAGGUAGUGUAAAAUAUUUACUUUGUAGAAAGGUAAAUAAAACCAAGUUGAUUCGGUGUGUACUGAACAGAA